AGCCGAGCUGGGGGGAGGGUUCGUCUUCCGGAAAGUCUGCAUUCUCGGACAGUCAGGAGUCGCCGCUCACCAAACUCCCGCUUGAGAAAUGACCGGAGGAAGUCGGCCGCGCUCUGCACCCAUCGGAGUUCCUCAGACACAAGCCGGAGCCGCCUUCAGGAUGAAAUUAGGACCCGCCGGAGGCCAGUCCCUCAGACGGAGGAGGAGAGCGUGGCGGGAACGCGCAUGCGUGGUAGGAGCCCUCCACGUGCGGCCGAGCCGAGGCCUCCCCGCGCUCCGAGGCCCCGCCCCCAGCCUCCGCGUCUUUCCGGACGAGCGGAGCUGGCGAGGGAGGAAGGAGGCUGGGCCUGGAGGCUCGGCCCCACCUCGGCAGCCUCCCAUUGGGCGCGAGUGAGGGGACGCCCUCCCGCCGCCCUCCCAUUGGAUCGCGCGUGCGAGCGGCGCGCCCCAUUGGGCCGUGCGGAUUUGGGCACCAAAUUCAAAGAUUUUAAAAGUACCAGCUGGCGCCUUUUGGAAGAUAAGAGCUCUGAGAAGCUGGCUGCCCGCUCUCCUCCUGUGGCCGCAGCUCCCUCACCUGAGGCCGACCCCUCUGUUGCCCCUGGCAUGAGCCGGCGGCCCUGCAGCUGCUCCCUACGGCCGCUCUCCGGUUCCUGCCGCUGCAGCUACGGCGCCCCGACAGCCGCCGGGCGCCCUUGCCCCUCGGACGGUUGUAAAGAAGAAAGUUCCACUCUCUCUGUCAAAAUGAAGUGUGAUUUUAACUAUAACCAUGUUCAUUCUGGAAUUAAACCAGUGAAGCCGGAUGACAGUAGAAGACAAGGUUCCUACACUACUGCAUGUUUGGAAGGUUCUUAUAAAGACUGCAUUAAAGACUAUGAAAGGUUAUCGGAUGUUGGGUCCCCAGUUGUGAGCCCCAGGAUUGUAGAACUUGAAACUGAAAGCAAGCCAUUGCAUAACAAGGAAAAUCAACGCAUACAACAAACACGUGAUAGUUCAAAUGACAUACAAGAACUGGAGACCAGCGGAUGUUAUGAAGACAGUGGCUACUCUUCAUUUUCCCAACAAAGUGGCCUCAGUGAACAUGAAGACAGUAGCCUUGCCCUGGUGGAAAGUUUCAAUGACAGUCCACAAUCCUGCCUUCUACGGACGCAAAGCCCAGACCAAUAUCCCAACAAAAACUUGCUGCCAGCUCUUCAUUUUGAAAAAGUGGUUUGUUCAACGUUAAAAAAAAAUUGUAAACGAAAUCCUAAAAUAGAUUGGGAGAAGCUGAAAGAAUUUAUAUCCAGUGGAAAUUUUAGACUACAGAAUAUAAUUGGUAGGAAAAUGGGCCUCGAAUGUGUAGAUAUUCUCAGUGAACUCUUUCGAAGAGGACUCAAACAUCUCUUAGCAAAUAUUUUAACACAACUCAGUGAGAUGGACUUAAUCAAUGUGUCUAAAGUGAGCAUAACUUGGAAGAAGAUUCUGGAAGAUGACAAGGUGGCAUUGCAAUUGUACAAUAAAGCAAUACAAAGAAUUACUGAAAAAAACAUUAAGUUUUCACCACAUGCUUCGACCAGAGAGUAUGUUUUAUUCAGAACUCCUUUAGCAUCUGUGCAAAAAUCAGCAACCCAGACUCUCCCCAAAAAAGAUGCUCGAACUAAGUUACCUGAUCCAGGUGAUCAGAAAGGUUCUACUUACAGUCGACACAGUGAAUUCUCUGAGGUUGCCAAAACUUUGAAAAAGAAUGAAAGCCUUAAAGCCUGUAUUCGCUGUAAUUCACCUGCAAAAUAUGAUUGCUAUUUACAACGGGCAACCUGUAAACGAGAAAGCUGUGGAUUUGAUUAUUGUACAAAGUGUUUGUGUACUUAUCAUACCACCGAAGACUGUUCAAAUGGCAAGCCCCUAAAAGCCAGUUAUAAAAUGGGUCCUUUGCCUGGUACUAAGAAAAGCAAGAAGAAUUUACGACGAUUAUGAUUGCUUAUUACAUCAAUUGAAAUUGAUGAUGAAGGUUAGUUAGAAAAAUGUUAGGUUUUAA